AUGGCGGCCAACAACAGCGGGUUUAAGCUGUACAAUAGUAACAGCAGUAACAAUUCUUCGGGCGGCGUUGGUGUAGGUGGUGCGAUGAGUAACAGUACCAGUGGCUCGCUGAUCCCUGCCACGGCUGGGAAUUACAGUAACGAUAGCCCUAGCAAUAACUACGAUGGGAUUGCAGCUGGGAUUUUGAGUAAUAGCAACAGAAAUCCCUUGUUGGAUUCAUCGCUCAUCCCUGGGCUGAAGCACGACACAGGUCUCGCUGUAGAAUGGUCCAUCGAUGAACAGUACAAGCUGGAGCAAGGACUGGUCAAAUAUGCAAAUGAACCCAAUAUUAUGCGCUAUAUCAAGAUUGCUGCCUCACUCCAGGACAAGUCCGUUCGUGACGUUGCUCUUCGCUGUAGAUGGAUGAAUAGAAAGAGAAGGAAGCCAGAGGACGAGAGCUCAGGGAAGAAAGUGAAGGAUCGCAAGGAAAAAUUGACGGAGUCAACUACGAAAAACACCAUCUGUUCAGCUUCGUCAAUGCAUGUGCCUGGAUAUUCACUAACUAAAAACCAUCAACAUCCAAGUGGUUACAUGCUAUCUGGAGUACUGAGUGGCACGACCAGACAUCUUUUGGAAGAAAAUAACCAGGCUUUUGGUCAAAUUUCUGCAAAUCUUUCAUCAUUGAAGUUGCAGGAAAACAUAGAUCUGUUUUCUCGUACCAGGAACAACUUAACUACAAUCUUGAAUGACAUGAGAAACAUGCCUGGAAUUAUGAACCGAAUGCCACCUCUUCCCGUGCUCUUAAAUGAGGACCUUGCAAGCAGUAUAUUUGUGCAUUCAUCACAGCCCAUGAUAUUUGGCUCGUCAAGUUCAGUACCUAUGAAGCAGGAGUGGGGUUGCUGA